AUGAUGGUUCUCGUAUUAAUUGUCGCAGGUCUUGGGGUGGUUGCACUGCUCAUGGUUUUAUUCGCACCCCACAUUAGGUAAGAAUAAGCGCUGUAUGUUCAAGGCUAUAGCCGAUACACCAUCUGCUUCUACGCUUGGCAUCUCAUAUUGCCUAAUUAGUCGAACAAUGAUUGUCAGGCUACCGAAAGACGAAGAGAUUGUGACUGGCAAUUGGGUUGCUGAAUGAAUCGACUUCAGUGUUGAUGAUGACUCUUCUUCUCCUGCAAUAAUAAAGCCUAUAGAAACACUAUUUUCCAUAAUGAAGACAACCUUCUUCAGUAUAACAUUCAUGUGUUGUUGUUGUGUGGAAUUAAGGCUCUAAAUGCACUGUAAAUUGAAUAUUGUCCAUUUGUCAAUAUAGGCUACCCGUACGCUGAAUAAUGAAAUAGAGUAGGCUCGAGCGCUAUCAUUUCCUGAUUAUGCGUUGGGCGCGUGGGCGGCGUUGUAUUUGGAACCGUUCUGUUCGGAGAGCCAGGUGUUGUGGUGUGACUGUGUUGGACGAGUUCACUUUCGAUCAUUGUUGCCAGAGUGAUCCUUGCAUAUUUAGUAACAAUAUGUUGCAUGUUAAAUAGUAAAUAAUAGUAUUAAAUAAUAAUCAACUCCACUCUAAAAAAAUAAUAAUACUAUUUUAAAACCGUAAUCUCUAUUCUGUGUAGUCUGGGUUGCACCCUAUUCCCAAUAUAGUGCACUAUAUGGGCCCUGGUCAAAGUAUUGCACUAUAUGGGCUCCCGAGUGGCGCAGCGGUCUAAGGCGCUGCGUCACUACACACCCCCUGGUUCGAUUCCAGGCUGUAUCACAACCGGCCGUGAUUGGGAGUCCCAUAGGGCGGCGCACAAUUGGCCCAGCGUCGUCCGGGUUUGGCCGGGGUAGGCCUUCAUUGUAAAUAAGAAUUUGUUCUUAACUGACUUGCCUAGUUAAAUAAAGGUUAAAUAAAGAAUAAAUAAAUGGAGAAUAGGGUACCAUUUGUAACGCAGCCUGUGUGGACUUUAACAAUACGCCAGUGCCAACCUUACCAGGACAGACAGGACAGCUAUAUACGUUGGAUUUGAGAUAAUAACACAGAUAUAUUUCCUGUCUGUCAGGAAAUACUCUGCUGGUGGAGCAUGCAUGUCUAUGGCCCGGCUGGACGGGAAGACGGUCCUGAUUACUGGAGCCAACACUGGUAUUGGGAAGGAGACUGCCCUGGACCUGGCUAUCAGAGGUGACUGACUGACACAUACAGGGCUGAUAGUCAGACGUGGUCCUUUGCCUCCUUACAUUCAUCAUCACAAAGAUAUUGCCAUUGGAGAUGAAGGAAAGAAACCAUUAAAGAAACAGGCUGUCUCAAAUGGAACCUUUUCCUUAUUUAGUGCCCUUUGGUCAACAGGAGUGCAUAUAGUCCCAUUUGGGACGCACACAUGGUCUUCAUCCUAAUAGUCAUUCAUAGUGUGGCCUCAUUAUUGACCUUACCUCCAGUCCUUACCUCCUGUCCUUACCUCCUGUCCUUACCUCCUGUCCUUACCUCCUGUCCUUACCUCCAGUCCUUACCUCCAGUCCUUACCUCCAGUCCUUACCUCCUUACCUCCAGUCCUUACCUCCUGUCCUUACCUCCUGUCCUUACCUCCAGUCCUUACCUCCAGUCCUUACCUCCUGUCCUUACCUCCAGUCCUUACCUCCUGUCCUUACCUCCAGUCCUUACCUCCUGUCCUUACCUCCAGUCCUUACCUCCUGUCCUUACCUCCUUACCUCCAGUCCUUACCUCCAGUCCUUACCGCCUGUCCUUACCGCCUGUCCUUACCGCCUGUCCUUACCUCCAGUCCUUACCUCCAGUCCUUACCUCCAGUCCUUACCUCCAGUCCUUACCUCCAGUCCUUACCUCCAGUCCUUACCUCCUUACCUCCAGUCCUUACCUCCUGUCCUUACCUCCAGUCCUUACCUCCAGUCCUUACCUCCAGUCCUUACCUCCUUACCUCCAGUCCUUACCUCCAGUCCUUACCUCCGUCCUUACCUCCAGUCCUUACCUCCAGUCCUUACCCCUCCUUACCUCCUUCCUUACCCUCCUUCCUUACCUCCAGUCCUUACCUCCAGUCCUUACCUCCUGUCCUUACCUCCUGUCCUUACCUCCUGUCCUUACCUCCUGUCCUUACCUCCUGUCCUUACCUCCUGUCCUUACCUCCAGUCCUUACCUCCUUACCUCCUUACCUUACCGCCUGUCCUUACCUCCUGUCCUUACCUCCUGUCCUUACCUCCUGUCCUUACCUCCAGUCCUUACCGCCUGUCCUUACCGCCUGUCCUUACCUCCUGUCCUUACAUCUGUCCUUCCUCCUUACCCGUCCAGUCCUUACUCCAGUCCUUACCUCCUUCCUUACCCUGUCCUUACCUCCUUACCUCCAGUCCUUACCUCCAGUCCUUACCUCCAGUCCUUACCUCCAGUCCUUACCUCCUGUCCUUACCUCCUGUCCUUACCGCCUGUCCUUCACGACCUCAACAAUAAGUAAAGGAAGAGGAUAGGUGGUCUUUAAAGGAACUGUGUCAAUUAUGCAGAUGAUUGGUUAUUGAUUAUUGUCUAUUGCCAGGUGCGAGGGUGAUCAUGGCGUGCCGGGAUGUGGAGAAGGGUGAGGAGGCCGCAGCAUCGAUACGACGCAUCUACUGCAAGGCAAACGUAGAGGUCCGAGAGCUAGACCUGGCUGAUACCAGCUCCAUACGGGCCUUCGCACAACGCUUCCUCCGAGGUAAACCUUCAACUCCAUGGAUGCGUCCCAAACGGCACUCAUCAUUACAGUAUUUAUUAUAGCGUUAUUAGUUAUUAACAAGCACUCGUAUUAUAAUGUGUUUACUGCUCUGUAACAAACUGUAUAAUAUUGACUCUGACCCCCUGUAGAGGUCAACCACCUCCACAUCCUGAUCAACAAUGCCGGGGUCAUGAUGUGUCCCUACAUGAAGACCAACGACGGCUUUGAGAUGCAGCUGGGGGUCAACCACCUGGGUGAGACGGAGAGACUUAUGUCACGGGUGGGAUCCGAACCAAGGACUCCUACGGGAGAAACAAACGUCUUGACCCUUUAGCACAAUAGGAAAUCCUCUCUUGGGCUGAUUUUUGAAGUCGCAGGCAAGGCUACCUCAUCACGAGACCGUUACACUACACAGCGGACUGACUUCAGACAUCAGUAUAUACUGUAUUCAGACACUAAAGCAGACCUCUGUAGCUCAAUUGGUAGAGCAUGGCGCUUGUAACGCCAGGGUAGUGGGUUCGAUCCCCGGGACCACCCAUACGUAAAAAUGUAUGCGCACAUGACUGUAAGUCGCUUUGGAUAAAAGCGUCUGCUAAAUGGCAUAUUAUUAUUAUUAUUAUUGUGGUCCUCUGUAGCUCAGCUGGUAGAGCACGGCGCUUGUAACGCCAAGGUAGUGGGUUCGAUCCCCGGGACCACCCAUACACAAAAAAUGUAUGCACGCAUGACUGUAAGUCGCUUUGGAUAAAAGCGUCUGCUAAAUGGCAUAUUAUUAUUAUUAUUAUUAUUAUUAUUGUAUAUAAUGUCUACAUCACUCAUCUAUGAAGAGUUGUAGCACCUCUAUUCCAUAUUAAUAGCCAUGAGGGACCUAGUCUAAGUAAUACAAAGUUGCACCCUACAAAGGUGCCCUUCAAUUCCAUUAAACUCAGUGUUAAAUUCACCAUAAUCCAUAUUAUUUACUUUCUGACAAGGCAACUGAUUCCAUUGUCGUUGUUUUACUCCUGAUAGGUCACUUCUUGUUGACAUACCUCCUGAUUGGUCUGCUGAAACGCAGCGCUCCGGCCCGUAUCGUCGUGGUUUCCUCCCUGGCUCAUAACUUUGGCUGGAUCCGCUUCCAUGACCUCCUCAGCCAGGGCAGCUACAACAGCGGCCUCGCAUACUGCCAGAGCAAGCUGGCCAACGUCCUGUUCGCUAGGGAGCUGGCCCGCAGACUCAAAGGUAGGGAGGGGGAGGGGGAGGAGGAGGAGGAGGAGGAGAGGGGAGGGGAGGGGAAGAGGGGAGGGGGAAGAGCGAGGGAGGGGGGGAGAGCGAGGGAGAGGGAGGGGGAAGAGCGAGGGAGAGGGAGGGGGGAGAGGGAGGGAGGGGGAGAGGGAGGGGGAAGAGCGAGGGAGGGGGAGAGGGAGGGGGAAGAGCGAGGGAAGUUUCUCUCUCACCCCCCCAGCCUACAGUGAGGGGAAAAAAGUAUUUGAUCCCCUGCUGAUUUUGUACGUUUGCCCACUGUUCAAGAAAUGAUCAGUCUAUAAUUUUAAUGGUAGGUUUAUUUGAACAGUGAGUGACAGAAUAACAACAAAAAAAUCCAGAAAAACGCAUGUCAAAAGUGUUAUAAAUUUAUUUGCAUUUUAAUGAGGGAAAUAAGUAUUUGACCCCCUCUCAAUCAGAAAGAUUUCUGGCUCCCAGGUGUCUUUUAUACAGGUAACGAGCUGAGAUUAGGAGAACACUCUUAAAGGGAGUGCUCCUAAUCUCAGUUUGUUACCUGUUUAAAAGACACCUGUCCACAGAAGCGAUCAAUCAAUCAGAUUCCAAACUAUCCACCAUGGCCAAGACCAAAGAGCUCUCAAAGGAUGUCAUUGACAAGAUUGUAGACCUACACAAGGCUGGAAUGGGCUACAAGACCAUCGCCAAGCAGCUUGGUGAGAAGGUGACAACAGUUGGUGCGAUUAUUCGCAAAUGGAAGAAACACAAAAGAACUGUCAAUCUUCCUCGGCCUGGGGCUUCAUGCAAGAUCUCACCUCGUGGAGUUGCAAUGAUCAUGAGAACGGUGAGGAAUCAGCCCAGAACUAUAUACGGGAGGAUCUUGUCAAUGAUCUCAAGGCAGCUGGGACCAUAGUCACCAAGAAAACAAUUGGUAACACACUACACCGUGAAGGACUGAAAUCCUGCAGCGCCCGCAAGGUCCCCCUGCUCAAGAAAGCACAUACACAGGGUUGUCUGAAGUUUGCCAAUGAACAUCUGAAUGAUUCAGAGAACUGGGUGAAAGUGUUGUGGUCAGAUGAGACCAAAAUGGAGCUCUUUGGCAUCAACUCAACUCGCCGUGUUUGGAGGAGGAGGAAUGCUGUCUAUGACCCCAAGAACACCAUCCCACCGUCAAACAUGGAGGUGGAAACAUUAUGCUUUGUGGGUGUUUUUCUGCUAAGGGGACAGGACAACUUCACUGCAUCAAAGGGACGAUGGACGGGGCCAUGUACCGUCAAAUCUUGGGUGAGAACCUCCUUCCCUCAGACAGGGCAUUGAAAAUGGGUCGUGGAUGGGUAUUCCAGCAUGACAAUGACCCAAAACACACGGCCAAGUCAACAAAGGUGUGGCUCAAGAAGAAGCACAUUAAGGUCCUGGAGUGGCCUAGCCAGUCGCAAGACCUUAAUCCCAUAGAAAAUCUGUGGAGGGAGCUGAAGGUUUGAGUUGCCAAACGUCAGCCUCGAAACCUUAAUGACUUGGAGAAGAUCUGCAAAGAGGAGUGGGACAAAAUCCCUCCUGAGAUGUGUGUAAACCUGGUGGCCAACUACAAGAAACGUCUGACCUCUGUGAUUUCCAACAAGGGUUUUGCCACCAAGUACUAAGUCAUGUUUUGCAGAGGGGUCAAAUACUUAUUUCCCUCAUUAAAAUGCAAAUCAAUUUAUAACAUUUUUGACAUGCGUUUUUCUGGAUUUUUUUGUUGUUAUUCUGUCUCUCACUGUUCAAAUAAACCUACCAUUAAAAUUAUAGACUGAUCAUGUCUUUGUCAGUGGACAAACAUACAAAAUCAGCAGGGGAUCAAAUACUUUUUUCCCUCACUGUAGGCUGGUGGGGUGAGAGAGAAUGGCAACCUGCCACAUGCAUUGAAUAAUGGAUUAAUUAACACAGAAUUGAAACCGAGGGUUAGUGAAGAGUUCCAGUCAGAAAACACAGAGAAACCGAGGGUUAGUGAAGAGUUCCAGUCAGAAAACACAAACACAAAAUACACGAUCAGAAAGGCAAAAUGACAGUUGGGAAGUUACUUAGCAACAUACGGUCAUCUAAAAUGUCCUCACACAGAGGAAGAUCUUGGAGAAACCCUGUCCCCAUGGUAACACACUUCCCUUCCUCGUCCCUCCCACCCAGGUUCCAGUGUGACAGUGAACUCUGUCCACCCGGGGUCGGUGCGCUCGGAGCUGGUCCGCCACUCCACCAUCAUGUCUCUGCUGUUCUCUCUGUUCUCCUUGUUCCUGAAGAGCCCCCGGGAGGGGGCCCAGACAUCCAUCUACUGUGCCGUGGCGGAGGAGCUGCACUCCCUCACCGGGAAACACUUCAGGUGA